GUGAAUAUUGCGGGAUCUUUUGACAGCGUUAUUUAUAGAAAGUGUAAACAAAAACUCAGAAUGCCGACUAGUUGUUCUGCACCAGGGUGCACACAACGUUUUGUGAAAGAUUCUGGAGUUCGUUUCUUUAGAUUUCCUAAAGAAAAAGAGAGAAGGUUGAAGUGGUUACUCGCUAUUGGGAGAAGAAGCCUGAGCGACCGUCAACAUGUUAAGUUGUGGGAGCCUUCGGAUCAUGACCGUCUUUGCAGCAUGCAUUUCGCCGAAGGAACACCAUCCAAGGACCAAUAUCACCAGGAUUACAUACCGAGUGUAUUCAGUUUCGCUACCACAGCCAAGCAGCCUGAGCAGACUCCUGCACGAGCAGAUAGGUUCAAGCGCCUCCAGAGACGCAGACUUGUCUUAACACCAAAUGACAAAGAAAACCGCCAACCAGCCAAUGACCAAGACGAAAUUGCUAAGACACUCCUGAUGUUAGGACAUGAUCUUAUUGAUGGCAGUCAAGCUGGUUUCAGAAAAGGAUAGUCAACAACGGACAACAUGUUUAUACUUAACCAUUUAGUACAGUAUUUGAAUAACCGAAAAAAGAAACUAUUUUGUGCAUUUAUAGACUUAAAGCAAGCAUUUGACACUGUAUGGCGAUCAGGCUUAUGGCAAAAACUAAUUAAGACAAAUAUCAAUGGAAAAUGUCUGCAACUUAUACAGAACAUAUAUAACAACAUAAAAUCGUGUGUUACGAAAUAUUCAGAAUAUUCAAACUUCUUUCCAAGUAGUAUUGGCGUCCGCCAAGGCGAAAAUCUAUCCCCGCUCCUUUUUUCGCGGUUUUUAAAUGAUUUACACUCCUAUUUUACCCAAAAUAUAAUGAAUGACGGUGUUGAUAUUCAAGAUCCUGCUCAUAAUGACAAUAUGCCUACGUUCCUUAUAUUAUUUAUUUUAUUUUACGCUGAUGACACAAUAAUCAUGUCAGAGACAGAAAUAGGACUACAAAAUGCUAUUAACACAUAUUCCAAUUAUUGUGAUCUAUGGAAACUAACAGUCAACACCACAAAAUCAAAUAUAGUUGUUUUUGGUAAAGGUCGACAACGGCCCUAUGAUUUUAAAUUCAAAAAUAACAACUUAGAAGUAGUAAACGAAUACAAGUAUCUCGGGAUUUAUUUUAGUAGAACCGGUUCAUUUGCUAGCUGCAAAAAACAUAUAGCUUCUCAGGCAACACUUGCAAUGUAUAGUCUAAUAAGAAACUCAAAUCGCCUAUCAUUACCUGUUGACCUACGUAUAGAACUCUUUGAUAAAACAAUUAAACCUAUUUUGUUAUAUGGUGCAGAAAUUUGGGGAAUUUGGUAACAAUAGCAUACUGGAAAGGGUCCAACUUAAAUACUUGAAAUAUGUUCUCAAAUUAAAACGAUCAACACUAAACUAUAUGGCCUAUGGCGAAACAGGCAUGAAACCUUUAUCAAUCGAUAUAGAAGAAAGAAAUAUAGUUUUUUGGGGAAGAUUACAAACACCAUUCAAUAAUACACAAGAAAAACUCUCAUCACUGAUAUAUAAAGUUAUAUAUAACUUAGCACUUCCAUUAGAUGACAGAGUAACAAAGAAAAAAUAUCCCUGGAUAUAUUUCAUUAAACGGAUUUUCAUCAAAUGUGGCCUGAAUAACCUAUGGCUUAAUCAAGAAGUAAUAAAUCACAAGUGGUUAAAAAACAAUGUAAAGCAAAAGCUAAUCGAUUUAUUUUUGAAUGAUUGGUUGUCGAAUAUGGAAAAUGCAAGCAACAGUAUAUUUUAUAGAAUUUUUAAAAAGGACUUUGGUUUUGAAAAGUAUCUCACCAGAUUUCCAAAUAGACAGUUAUUUUCAUUCAUCAUAUUUAGAACAAGAAAUCAUAGAAUGCCUAUUGAAAUAGGCAAUUGACGUAGAAUACCACUCAACGAACGACUAUGUACUCACUGCAAUAACAAACUAGGAGACGAAUUUCAUUAUUUGUUUGAAUGUCAAUUCUUAAACGAUGAAAGAAAACAGUUUCUAAAACCUUACUUUUAUAGACAUCCCAAUACAUUUAAAUUAG